AGGAGAGCGCAUUUUAGCGCGCGCUCUCUUUAGGUAGGAAAAAAAUGGCGGUGGCGCCAAAUCCAACGACGCCACUGGAUGGAGCGAGGUGGAGCGCGAGCUGCGAGAGCAGCGGGCGGGACGGCGAUGAGGCGCGGGCGGGAUUGGAAUUCGCAGCGUCGGAUGGGAGGAUUGGUGGGAGCGCCAAGGAGCAGCUGCUGGAGGAGCUCGUCUAUGGCGAGUGGGAUGAGGCGGACGAGGAGGAGGACGAGGAUUGGGAGCCCGGGUCGACGCUGGAGCUCCGGGUGCGAUGGUUUUGUGUUAAUUGCACAAUGCCCAAUGUGGAAGAGAGCACGCAUUGCAAGCUUUGUUCGGAGCAUCGCUACUCUGGAAUUUUGAAUCAAGGACACUUGGCGCCAGCAUUUACUCAAGCUGGCACUGAUGAGCUUGCCAAAGAUGUCAAGGCCCUCAAGCGCUUAUCCGUGAGGAGAACUGCGAUUGGAUAUGAUGAUCGAAUGCUGCUACACGCAGAGUUUCAAAUGAAAUCCAAUCCUCAUCCAGAAAGGCCAGACCGUCUACGGUCGAUCCUGGCGGGCUUUACAGCAGCUGGAUUGUAUCCAGGGGGGUGCAUUCUGAUACCUGCAAGAGAGAUCACUCGAGUUGAACUGGAGACAGUUCACACACACGAGCACGUCGAGGUUGUUGAGGCAACGUCGAGUUUAGAAUCUAGUUACUUUACAUCGGACACUUACGCUAACGGUCAUUCGGCGUUAGCAGCGAGGCUAGCUGCUGGUGUCUGUGCUGAUUUAGCAUCAGCGAUUUUGAGUGGCCAAGUCGACAAUGGUUUUGCCUUGGUAAGACCGCCGGGACAUCAUGCCGAAGGAGCGACCGUGAUGGGGUUUUGCUUGCAUAAUAACGCAUGCAUAGCUGCCAAAGCAUCUCAGGCCGCUGGUGCCAAGAAAGUUUUGAUAGUUGAUUGGGAUGUUCAUCAUGGUAAUGGAACGCAAGAGAUUUUCGAGCACGAUCCAUCCGUGCUGUACAUUUCACUACAUAGGCAUGAAGGAGGCUUGUUUUAUCCGGGAAGUGGAGCCGCUCAUGAGGUCGGGUCGGGUCCUGGAGAAGGAUUUUCGAUAAACAUACCAUGGCCAUGUUCUGGAAUUGGUGACAAUGACUACAUUGUUGCCUUCCAACAUAUCGUACUUCCUAUAGCAAAGCAGUUUGCACCGGAUAUUACGAUUGUGUCGGCGGGCUUUGACGCCGCACGGGGAGAUCCUCUGGGAGGCUGCCAGGUACAUGAGCGGCGGCUGCAAAGAUGUUUUUAUCACUCACUCCUUCGUUCGCUUGUGUUUCAGGUGACCCCUGCCGGUUUUGCACAGAUGACGCAGUUGUUAAGUACAGUUUCUGGGGGAAAGCUCCUAGUAGUUUUGGAAGGCGGAUACAACUUGAGGUCGAUCUCUGCCUCUGCGACGGCAGUAUUGAGAGUUCUGUGCGGAGAGGCCCCGGAAAGCUUAGACGACGAAGAGCUCCUGCCAAGUGAAGCGGGAUGGGCUACAGUGCUCGAGGUUUACGCUGUACAGUCGCGGUAUUGGUCAGCUUUGUGCCUUCCAGCCUUCAUGAAGUUCACUUCACAGCACAUCAAUGGGCACUUGAAAGGUGAGCCAAGCUUUUCUUUUUUUAUUUCCUUGUUUUACUCCGAAUUCUUGCUCCUGCCAGUUUGUUUUUGCCUCUCUUUUUUUCUGUCUUCCAUUUUUUGUUCUUCUUGCGCUCAUCCGGCUCUACUUUUUGGGCAGAGCCUCUUCUACCUGCUGCCGAAGUUGGAUGACCUGCUUCCUUGGAAAAGCUUGCCCGUCUAGAUAGCCUCCAUUCCACUCCUUUUGAACCGGGCGAGGAGCAUGUAUGCUGCUUCGUUCUCAAAUCCAGGGAGAGUGAAUGCCGCUAGCCAGACUGCUGAAUCCCACAGUGCUUCACUGCUGCGUCCCGAGUCCUGCCUGUAAAUUCCAUCCGGAGAGGCCUGCGAUUGAUAAGUUGUUUCCCUUUUGGCGGAACAAAAGAAUUGAUACUUCCAACGCUUUCAGAGAGGUAGCUGCUUCCGGUCCUGUAUAGCUGCUUGUUUCUUACGUACGUCCUGUUUUCUCGAGUGCCACUGACGCUGUUAACGUGCACAACUUUGACUUCGUGGAUGGUUGUAGCAUCCAAGCGGCCAAAGCGUGAUAAGCAUCCCCGUGUGGUUGCGCGGCCAAUCUGGUGGACGUGGGGGCGGAAGAGAUUGGUGUAUAAACACUGGUUUGGCACCCGGCUGUGAGCAAGCGCUCCAGUCUGUUGUUGUCUUCUAUUGCAUUCGAGCAGUUAUUUGUAGAUGCCACUGAAUGGGAUUAAAAUUUUGCGUUGUC